GUGGGUAAAGUUCUGGGCCUACUUUUUGUCUCUUUUUUCUUUGUCCAUUAAUUUGUCAGUGGUAACUGUCUGGACAUAUCUUCCCCCCACCUUCGGUAUAUCUCUGUCAUUAUCUCUCUGCCCAUUUUAAACUUUUACGUUUUUUGUGUGUGUGAUUUGUCCCACAACCGCUUAAAAAACAGGACAUAGAGGCUCUGUUGUAUAAAAGAUUCGGUACGUUCCUCAGUUUGUCCCCCUUUUUGUCCCAACUCGUAUCCAAAUCAUUGCACGACUCGAUACAGCGGGAGAGCUCCGGUAUUCAAAGCAGUCAGAAGGAUGUCCACGCUGAGUGCAUCGUCCAACCUCACACAACGUCCACUCACCAUGGAGGCAUCUCUAAACCCAGCAGCACCAAGUGCUCCACAACCUACAACAACCAGCGCGACAACCAGUGCAGGCCCCGAGACCUCCUCAGCCGACCAUUCACCGGCAUCACUGGGUGCUUCAACAUUGGACAACGCUCCGAGUAACGGCAAGGGUACCACCAUCAACAACAACAAUAACAACAGCAACAACUCGGCUGCGGUUGAUACUACAGACUCAAAGAUAACAAAGACCAUGGUCCCUCAGCGGAAAAGGGUAAGAACUGGCUGUCUAAACUGUCGUAGAAAGCACAAGAAGUGUGACGAACAGAAACCAAAGUGCAAGUCGUGUUGUGCCAAAGGAGAGAUCUGUGAAUGGCCUUUGCCAAAGUUGAAGAAGAGUGGAAGCAGAAGAUCAAGCUCGGCUUCAUCAGCUUCGAGUGCUGUUCAGGGUAUUAGCGCCGCUGCUAACACCACCACCACCGCCACUGCUACCACUGCUACCACGAUGCCCGUCAUAAUGCCAACACCGUAUACACCAUCGUACAGCUUGAACGUACACUUACAGCGGCCAAAUGGAAUGGAUCUAUCAACAUACUCGCUACAGCCUGAGGUUCAUAGCGAAGAAGGACUGAAACAAUCACAGUCCCCAAGAAACUAUCAAAUGUCCAUGGCCCAUUUGCCUAUCAAGCUCGCUCAACAACACCAUCAACAACAGCAGCAGAUCCCCCACGUCUCACUGCCAUUACAGGCAAGCGUCCAUCCGGCUCCUUCUCCGUAUAAGAACCCCAAUAUCGGCGAGCUGGUGGACUCUCUUGUGGCGUUGCUAAAUGGCAAUAGUAACUUUACACUACAAAACAUGGAUUACCAAGUUAGUGAGAUGGAUGAAUUUGCCCUGUUGACUGAAUACGUUGAUAACAUUGCUCCAUCGUUAUCUCUUCAGCAGAACAACUCCACGUUUAUAUCGUCCAUCCCACAGCUCUCGAAGAUCUCAAAGAUGUUGAAGUUUGCGAUGUACACCUUGGCAUCGCAUAAGAUUCUGCCACAACUUUCCACAAGAUUGUUCCAACUCACUCUAUCGAAUUGGAAAAGGGACGCUAAUCAGCUGGUCCAAGAUGCAACGCUACUGUUCCUCUCGAUAUUUGCAUUCCACAACGAUGCACACCAUCCAUUGUUUACUUACUUCAAUUCUGUCAACCAGGACUUGAAGCAGCACUUUAUCAUUCUCAGACUCUCGGUGAGACAGAACAUCAUACUGAUGGACGAUGUAGAUUCGAUACUGUCACUCUUGUCAUUCCACCAGAACGACUUCCAGUCGACUUUUACAAAAGCACAGGACCUGCUGAACGCAUCGUCAUCUACAAACAUCGUCUCAUCCAUAAAGCACUCUCCAUUUGCCAAAGUGUUGGUUCCCACUACGCCAGCUGUCUACGAACAGAUAAUACUCCACAUGGGCAUGGUCUCGUUACUGCUUAACAAGCCAAUGGAUCUAAGGCUCAGAUCUCACCCGAUCUCCCACUUUGCUAAAGUUUGCUGUGGCAUCAUCGAAACCAAUACGAAAAGGCUGCCAUGGUUCAAGAACUGGACCAUCUUCACUAUGGGGAAGCUGUUAACUCAUGAGCUGGAGCAUGACUCGCUGUUAAAGAUGAUGAAGGACGACGUCUGCUGGAAACAGAAACUGCAAGACUACUGGGAAGGAAGAGGGGAUGUCUAAAUCCAUGUAUUUUAUUCUGGCUCAACUAUUUAAUAUAUUCAAUCUAACAAUUACCAUAUUGGCUCCCAUCAGCAUUUGAAGAAGAGCUCGUCAAUGUAAGCAACAACAAACAGCUCAAUCUACGAGGGAUGCUUUCAUGGCUACAAAGGAAUAAUUAAACAGGG